AUGGCGACGACAGAUGGGAAGACAAAUCUUUCCUCAGCAGCAGCGUCAUCGUCUUCGACCCCAGCUGCUGCAACAACCACGGAAAAAGAAGUUGGCAUUGAGGUGGAAAACAGUUUCAGUGCAGAUUCUCCUUAUUUUUCAUCGUAUGUGGAGAAUGAAGUGCGUUCUAUAAACAUUAUGAAUGAUACGCUGAGAGAUAUUGCAGGUAGAACAAAGACCUUUGGAAAAUGUGGUGCAUUGAUGUCGGAAGCUACCCGGCGAUUAUCACUGGCAUGCAAGCUGAGACGGCCUCUUAGUCCCGAGGAAGAGAAAGAAACUGAUGUUCAUGCGGAGCGAGUUAGGGAGUUUCAGGUGUUGGAGCGACGUCGCGCUGUCGGAGAAGAUAUGGCGAGUCUCCUAGGAGUCAUGUCAGAAAUGUUGGAAGAAAUUGCAGAUGCCCAAGUGCAAAUGUGUCAAUCAUUCGAGGCUACUUUGGUAACAUCAUUAGAACAUUUCGCCGAGUUAGAAUUGAGGACAGCGAAAACAUUGGACAGUACUGCUGAAGAGUCUACAGAAUCUGCAGAGCAACUCUUGGGCAAGUACUUGAACGGAAGGCAUGCCGCUGCUCUUAGUUCGAAUCUGAAUGAUAUUGAUGGUAACGAUGCCUGGAACAAGUUUAGUGAGCAAGUGGGAAAUCAUGGUCAAUCUCUGUUGCAACGCUUCCAAAAUCGAAACAAAACAAAAACACCACAGGGUCCCCCCAGGACCGCUUUGUCGCAAGGGAUCUCUCGGACUCAAACGUCUACAGCCAGCAAGUCUACGCCGGUACCGGUGGAUCCUGCAGUUCAAAUGGCAAGUACGGCUGCCAAUCUUAAGUUAACACUUGAACAGGUACGACUUGCACAAGCAACAGCAGAGUUGAAGAGGUUCCAAUUGUUGAAGCAUAUCGUGGCGCACAAACAGCGCCGGAAGUUUGAAAUCGGUGAAAAUGUAUUGGCCUCGCUUCAUGGCAUUCGCGCUUAUUUCCAUCACUGUUCCGACUGCGUCAACGGGAUUGUCCCGACGAUGAAUCGGUUCCAGGUUGAGCAACAAACUGCCAGAAACCAUCUAGAAAAGAAAUUGGCUCCUUCAUGGAGAGCUAGAGAGACUGAUAUUGAGGGAACAAUCGAUGGUCUCAAAAUGGUAACAAAGAGUUCAGGAAUCAUUGUUGAAGCUAUUGCAAGUGGUGACAAGAAUCUAAUUGAAAAGCAGGCUACUAGUCUAGAGGAGAUUGAAGACAAGGUCGAGAUUUGGAGACUGCCUAGGAUGUUGGCAGAUUCGACUCGUUUAAAAAGGGAUCCAACACCAGGCGUGUUUGUUGAGGGAUGGCUUUAUAAGAAAAAGGAUCAGCGCCUUACGCUGAAUGCAUGGAGCAGAAGGUGGUUCAUGAUGGAUUCAAAUGGUAUCUACUACUUCCGCGAAAACGAGGAAUGGAAGAAGGGCGACGGCCGGGUAAACUUGAAAAAAUUGGAAAGGGUCAAGAUUUGCGAUGUUGUUCUUUGUACUGUAAGAGAGGCGCCGAAUGAGGGACCGCGAUUUUGUUUCGAGGUUCACACUCCAAGCUCCAAACCACUAAUGCUUCAAGCAAGAGGUCCGCUGGAGUACAAGAAAUGGGUUGAUGGUAUCCGAAAUGGAAUUGAGAUACAGCUUGUCAGCGGCAAUCAAAAUGUUGGUCGAGCGCCCCCCCCUCGACAAUACAACGUUGGAGAAAUAAAGAAGAGCACAUCCAUGUCGUCUCGUGACAACUCUCCCGUAAGAAGCGGUGAUGCUGUUGAUUUGCCAGAAUUCCACGAUAUCGAUAACGAGGGGAAGAGAGGAGCUCAAAAGAUGGCAAAAAGUACCUUGAUUCCUCAGAUCAUGCAAUCGAAUAAAUUUUGUGCGGAUUGUGGUGCACCCGACCCAGACUGGGUUUCUUUGAAUCUUGGGGUGUUGCUGUGCAUUGAAUGUAGCGGAGUGCACCGAUCUCUUGGAGUGCAUGUCAGCAAGGUCCGCUCUUUGAAGCUAGAUGCAUUGAGUGAAAGCGAGGGCAAACUAAUCGCUGAAAUUGGCAAUGAGAGAGCAAAUAAGAUUUGGGAAGGUGGUGUCGGAAUGCAGAAGGGAUGGGAGAAGCCUCGCCAAGAUUCCGGGCGCAAGGCCAAGGAAGAAUGGAUUAAAAGCAAGUAUCUGUGGCGAGGAUUCAUUAAUCACUUAGAUAAGGAUGGCCAACCUGCAGCAGAUGGAGAGGACAAACUUUGUCAGGAUAUGUUCGAGGCUGCUAAAGGUGGUGACGUUCUUGGGAUUGCCAACGCGCUCGCACGUGGAGCAAAUGCAUCCUGGCAAAAUCCAGAGGAAAAUGGCCAGACUGGACUACAUGUUUGUGCAUUGCUGAAAGCUGGGGAGAACAAAGAUGAUUGGAAGGCAAUAGAAUGUGCAGAGCUGUUGCUGCAAAACGGAGCCAAGAUGGAUAUUAGAGAUAAGGAUUCCCGUGCUGUUUUGGAUAUCGCAAUGAUUAAGAGUGCGGAAUUGGAUAUGAUUGAAUACUUGACAUUGAAGUCAUCAUAG